UAUGUUUCCCUCCCGUUAUCUCCGGAAAAAAGUCAAAAAAAGUCUGCUCACGAAAACGAUGGUGAUGACAAGUUCCGGCCUUCUAGGCAUCUUCCUUCCUAUUGCACGCGUAGGCGAAAACCAAAAUGGUGUUUCUGUGCAAGAUGAGGAGGAGUAGAGGAGAGGGCCAGGGAUUCUACCUUCUUUGGUUUUUCCCCAUUUUGUACGACCAAUUAAGUUGGGGCUCCGAUAAGGAGGGCAACGGAAGGGAUACUGGUGGCUGGUUCUUGGUCAGUAAUGGAGGAAAUAGCUGAAAAUUCUAUUGGUGAUGGAAAUGCUGCUGCUCUGUCGUCUACGGAGAUGUCAGGUUCAAGAAGCUUUGCAUUUUCAAUUGUGGCUCCUAGGAAAGAGGGAAAGCAGACACAGAAUUUGACUGAAAUGAAGCCUAGUAAGGACGACAAGAUGGGUCUUGAGCUCUCUCUCAGCUUACCAAACGUUUCAUGGCUGCCUAUUGGGAGCACCCCAGAUGGCGAAAAAGAGCAGCAGCCAUCGAGGGUUGACUUUGACUUUCUUGAAUCAGUCAUAGCAAAGCCACUAGUAGUAGCAGCUAAGAUGUUUGAGGAAAUGUCCGAAAGAGAAAUUGCUUGUUUGAAGGAGUCAGCCAGGGAAUUGAUCUGCGAUCCGGGUCAGAUCUAUAUGCUAAGCGUAAUUCGCCAAUUACUCCCAAAAAGGUCUGUUAUCAGUCUGGAGUUGCUGCUACAUAAGUGCCAUCGAACUCAGUUGCGGAUCUUGGUGGCCAUCAAGACUGGUCAAGCUGAAUUACUUGAGUUUGAUUUUCCUGUGUUUUUCUCUGACUUGGCAGAAAUAUAUGUGGAGUUAAGGUGUAGAAAUCUGAAAUGCCAGAUACACUUAGGAGAGAAUAAAUGUAAUUGCAAGUUCUGUGCGGAAAAGAAUGGUUUUUGUAAAGAUUGCAUGUGUAUGCUGUGUUCAAAGUUUGACAUGGAAUCUACUACCUGUAGUUGGGUGGGGUGCGAUAAAUGUCUGCACUGGUAUCAUGUAGAUUGUGGGAUGCAAGAAUCUUGUUUUAGAAAUGUGCUUAGUGCUUCUGGAAAUGGAGCAGAGAUGAACUUGUUCUGCAUUGCUUGUGGUCAUACUUCUGAAAUGUUUGGCUUUGCUUUUAAAAAGUGUGGAAAGGAGUUCACAUCAGAAGCUCUUUCCAGGGAACUAAAUUACUUUCGGAGGAUCUUUUCUACAAGCAAUACUUUUAGAGGGAAAAGAUUGCAUGAGAUAGCAACUCUGAUGCUAUCAUUUUUGGAAGAUAGAGCUAAUGUUCAAGAAGUUGAACAUCAAACUGCAGGUUCCUUUAAUGUGGAGAAGAUUUGGAACCUUUUUGAGUACUGUUGUGAAGUUCUGGGCAGGACUCUGACCAUUGACAAGCUAUUAGAUAUCUUCAAGAACCAUGGUCCAGAGUGGCAGCAAUUGCAAAAGACUCAACUUAAGGAACCUGAGGAGCUGGCUCUGAAGACAUCUGGCAAGGAGAAAGAUGACUUCAACUGGACAGGCUUAUUGUCUACACCAAGUGACCCAGAUAGUGUGCUCUUGGAGAGGGCCAGAAAGCUGCUCCGGGGCAACAAUGGAUCAUCUAGAGUUCAGUGUGAUGGGCUUGCGGGCAUGAUGCAGAUAUUUGACAAUGACAAACAUGGAAAUAACUGGAUAAGCUUGUCAUCAUCCUCUUCUUCCCCAAUUUACCCACCUUGGGGAGCAUAUACAAAGUCCAAGAAAAGGCAUUUACUUUAGUUGCACUUAGUUGGAACUGUCUUUUACCUGAUUGUUGGGAAAUAGCAUAUGAAUGACUUAAUAGUUCAGGGGUUUAGCAAUAUUUGACAUCCUUUGCGAAUUGUAUGAUAUAUCGUGGGUAAAAAGUGGAAAAGGAAACAAAAGGGAGCAUAAAUCUUAAAAGACAGUUUUGUUCUAAUUCACAUACCAGCAUUCAUGGCAACCAUGGGUAAAACAAACUGCUAUGUUGUUUUG